GUGGGCUGUGCUUCAACUGGUCGAAAUGUUUUCGUUUCUGUCGACGACGUGUCGUCCCAUUUAUUGCCUUUUGUAUGCCUCAGGAAAAGAUGAUAAUGCCACGAACCAGUGCAUUCGUCUGCUCUUCAGCUUCCUAUUGGGAAUGCUUUUGGCCUUUCUCCUGUGGAAGCUGGUAGCGCUGAAUUUUAAUGUGAGUAUUUUCGCCUUCGAUUCCACCAACUUGUCAGUGUUCAUGGGCUUCAUCCUGAUAACUGGAAUGUUCUUCAUGCUGUGUUGUCCUGUUCGCACGAUAAUUAUGCUGAUGUUUGUGGCUUUGGUGGGAAGAUCUGGAACAACUUAUCUGCGCGCAGUUGCAUUUUCCUUUAUCAUUUCUGGUCCCAUUGACAAUUUGGUGCAGAAUGCUGGCGAGGUGGCAAGGGUCUUUGUCUGCACCACAGUGUUGACCUACAACCUAUCCAAAACGCGCUUUGAUCUGAUGGCCAAACCAUUUACAAACACUCUGAAAAACAUGGGAGGUGAUGUGGAGGAAAUUCGCCAGACCUUCGAUGAAUUGCACAGUGUCCUUAGUGACUUAAAAUAUGCUGUAGAACAUUCGGACAUUGAAGAUGAGAAAUAUGGAGACAAGAAUACCAAAUCUCUCUACGAAAGGUGGAGCAGAGAAACUCAUAAGAUGAAUAUAAGUAAACCCAAAACGGGUGGCAAGGAGUUACCAACAGCUGCCGAGGUUCAGGAGCGUUUUCUGCGGAACAUGAGAAACCGAUGCAAACAUCAGCUGAGAAGUGGCCAUCGCGUUUGCCAGGAGGUUUUUCGGAAGGGCUAUCGAAAGUGUACCACCAAUUUUCCCUCGCUUAUUGGCAAAGCCAUUUGUUGGCCCUAUCGAGUGGACAUAAUCUGCGAACUGGAUCUGUUUGGAAAUCCUGAUAAGAUAUGUGAUCCUACCAAUGUGGUUCCCCGUAACUUUGGAGACACCUACGUGGAACUACUGAAAGCCGAGCAGCAGCUCUUUGACAACAGCUCACAAAUAGAAGUCAGCUACCAGCUGAAGGACGAAGAACUGGUCAAAAGCCAAAUGAAGUCUGCUCAAAGGACAACGCAGGCUUUCACCGAGGACUUUGAACGGCGACGACGUACAUUCAACAAAGUCAUGGGUUUUCUGAGAAAAAUUCUUUGUUUGUUUAUUCUGCGAAUGAUAUAUUUAUCUAUUAGGUAUUAUGUGAAGUAUCUCAUCGACGUGGAGUUCGACAACUUCUAUAUAACCGAUUAUUUUAAGCAUGUGGAUAGAAGGCAAAAGGAAAUGCGAAAUGAGUCAGUUUUGCCACUACAUACCUAUGAAAAAUCGAAGUACAUAGAUCUAGAUAAAAUAUUUAGUAGAACUCACUACGAGACCCGCACUGUAUUAUUUUCGUUACUACAGUUGUUUCUGGAAAUGGUUACGGCUGGAAUAUUUAUAUCGAUAGACCUUAUGGUUGUGGAAUUGCUGCAGAUUAUUCGUAUAAGAUCCAUGAUCACUUAUCACCAGGAAGGCGAGCACGAAGUGCGCUUUAAUAUCAGUGGCGUGGGUCAAAUGGCCAGACUGCUGCGGACUACUAUGCACAACUUCAAUAUCCACGAAAGGGUUUCAACUUCGUUGACCAACGAGGAAUGUUUGCCAAAUGCCCAUGUCCUGCCCAGAAAAUUCUACUAUCAGCUUUUAUUUUUGUACGUGGUAAUUGUGCUGCUGAUUUAUCAGAGUACCACUUUCCUACGAAUGAGGAGAGUGAUAUGCAGCUUCUUUUACUACAAGCGGGAAAAGCAGCGUAUCCUUUUUCUGUACAAUCGCAUCCUAAGGAAUCGGCUUAGUUCGAUGGAGUUUUUAAUUCGCGAUGCCGAAGAUAACUUGGCCACUUAUCGCAUCCAGCAGCAGAUCAACAUGUGUUUGUGGCUACGUCUUUCAUGUCCCCGUGCUUUUGGUUGGUUACGUUACUUUAAAUGUGCCAAAAGAAGCUGCCUGGUCUGCCGAGGAUUCGAGGACUCUACCUUCUCCUACUGCAUCUCCUGUGGAGUGCCUUAUUGCGAUGAUUGCGCCGAGGACCUCAAUAGUGUGUGCAUUCAGUGUGGCACUGUCCUUACAAGAAUGGUAGAUCCAUCCGAAAGCAGCUCCGAGGUAUACACCUACAGAAAGAAAAAAUAAUGCGGAAAACUAUUUAAGCUUUGCUUUCUCAUCUAAAUAUAUACUCUUUCAUUUCUGGAAUUAUUCCUUAUUUCAGUUACAUGCCAAUCUAUCUGUCCUUUCUUAACUUUAUUUAAUAUUAAUAAACUCAUAUAUCCUUUUUUGGAAAGCAA